AUGGGCAAAAAGGGGUCCUCGACCAACAUGAACACGUUCAACUUGUGCACCAACCAGCACGACAAUCCCUGGGCUCCAGACGAACACCAGCGCUUCCUGUUAGCUCUGGAACAGUUCGGAGGAGGUCAAUGCUCCAGUAUCGGCGAAGCGUGGCAGUCUAUCACAACUGCAGUGGGCACUCGAGAUAUGGCUCAGGUGAUAUACCACGCCCGACUUUACUUCGCUCAACUCCAGUACUUGAACAUCCAGAAGCGACAGGAACGACAAUUCAUGCACAGUGUUGACCAACGCUGGACCCAAGAGGAAGACGCAGCAUUCGAGAAUAUGUUGGCAGCGUAUAGCAGUUCUUCUGUGUGUUAUCCAUGGGAAAUCAUGGCGUCUCGACUUCCAGGGAAGAGUCCAGUGGAUCUCAAAGAGCGAUUCCAGAAACUUUGCUACGACAUCGCAAGGAUCGAGAACGGACAGCAUGUUACCAUGCAGUUAGGCCAAUUUCCUCGUCAUUCUGGUCUUCCGCUAUCGACAAAAGCGGCAGCUAUUGGAGAAAGUGGGCGACUAGCAUCUCCUCGAGUAUUGGACAGUGUGAUCACUCUCACUCCUGCUGAAGAACAGAUCUUGGUGGACGCCCUGGCUGAAGUAUUCGUGCCUCCUGAAGCUCCUGCCGAUCUAUUGGCUGGGAUCGCAUCGGCUGUUGCUGCGUUCACGAGCUCGAACGGAAGAGUGCCACCUCAGCGUACACACCCCUUGUUCACUAAGGAACAGGCUUUAGAGGUGCUUAAUGGGCUGCUAGCAGAUCAACAAACAGAUCCUCAGAUAGUACUAGAAACGUUGGCGGCUCGACUUCGUCUGCAUCCACGAGCGCUGAAUGUUUCGGCUGGUGUAUCUUUCAGUAACAAUUCGGCCGAGUCGGAGAGUUCCGAGCCCAAUUUGCAUCUCCUUGCCACCACUGGACUCACAUUUGGAUCGAUGCUACCAUCACCGCUAGGAGCGGAGUUCGGUGGGACGUUUGAGAGUACUGGUACAACACCCAGGUUUCUCAGUAGCUUGGGUCUUUUGUCGCCUUCACCUCGACCAAGUCAAGCAAAGAAUGGCAACAAUAGUGGUGCGAACUCGAACCCAUUACCACCGCUAACACCCAGUACAGCGCAAAAAACCAACAACGGAUAG